GCAUGUGGGUAUGAUAGUACAUAUACGCAGUUAGCCACUCACGUCUCUUGCUGCUUCAUCAAAUUGUGCUAUCGAGCCCUUUCUAGGAUUAUAUCGUUUAAAUAACAAGGAAUAAAAAUGCCGAAAAAAGCAAAAGACGUGGAAGAGUGGGAAGGUGAUGAAGAAACACAGACAGAUAAACAUGUGAAAAAAGGAAAGAAGGACAAAAAGGGGAAGAAGAGUUUCUUUGAGGAGCUGGCUUCAGACAACAAACAGGAUAAGGAUGAAGAGCCUGUCGUGAAAGAGACACAAGGAAAGCAGCCUCAUAAGAAAAAGAAAGACAGGAGGAAAGGGAGAGGUGGAGAUGAUGAUAAUGAAGAUGAGGAGGUGAUGCAGAGAUUAAAGAAACUGUCUGUUCAACCAAGUGAUGAAGAGGAGGAGGAGGAGGAAGAUGAUGUUAAACCGUCUCUGAAAGGUGGAAAAGGAAAUAAAGGAGGCAAUAUAUUUGCUGCCCUGAGUCAAGGUCAGAGUGAUGAAGAUGAUGAUGAUGCUGAUGCUGGGGGAGAUGAUGAAGAUGAGAAGCCCCUGAGCAAGAAAAGUUCCAAGGAGGUUGAAAAAGUGCCAAAGGGCAAGAAAAAAGAUAAACCUAAGCCCAAGAAAACGAAGGAGGCGUCUGAGGAUGAGCAAGAGGAGGUUACUGAAAAGAAAGAUGUGGAUGAGAAGAAAGGAGAGAAGAAGAACAAGAAAACAGGGGCCAAACUGACAAAGGAGGAAGAUAAAAAUGAGAAAGAAGAGGAAAAGACUCAGAAGAAAGGCAAAAAAGAACAGCCAAAGAAAGGCAAGCCUGCACGUCCGUCUCCCAGUGAGGAUGAGGAGGAGGAGGAGGAGGAGGAAGAAGAGAAGAGUGAUGGCGAAGACACAAUGAUGAGUGCCGAGGAUGUGUUGGCUGCAGAGCAGGCGAAAGAAAAGGACGAUCCAUUUGCCAAUCUGAGCAAAAAGGAGAAGAAGAAGAAAAAGAAAAUGAUGGAGUAUGAGCGACAGAUAGCCAGUGUCCGUGCACAGAAUGCCAUCGAGGGAGACUUCUCUGUCUCACAGGCCGAGAUGUCCUCACGACAGGCCAUGCUGGAGAAUGCGUCAGAUAUCAAGUUAGAGAAGUUCAGUAUAUCAGCCCACGGAAAAGAGCUCUUUGUCAACGCUGAUCUUCUGAUUGUUGCCGGCAGACGAUACGGUCUGGUUGGACCAAACGGGAAAGGCAAAACCACUUUACUGAAGCAUAUUGCCAACAGGGCGCUGAGCAUUCCUCCUAAUAUUGACGUGCUGCUUUGCGAACAAGAGGUGGUUGCCGAUGACACUCCUGCCGUUCAGGCCGUGCUGAAGGCGGACACUCGCAGGCUGAAGCUCCUAGAGGAAGAGAAACAGCUGCAGAAUCUUCUAGAGAAAGGAGAGGACGGUGUCUCCGAGAGACUCGAGAAGGUCUAUGAGGAGUUGAGGGUGAUUGGGGCAGCGGCAGCUGAGGCCAAAGCUCGCAGGAUUUUGGCCGGUCUUUCUUUCACUCCAGAGAUGCAGAACAGACCCACCAAAAAGUUCUCUGGUGGAUGGAGAAUGAGAGUGUCCUUAGCUAGAGCUUUGUUCAUGGAGCCCACACUGCUGAUGCUGGACGAACCUACAAACCACCUGGACCUUAACGCUGUUAUCUGGCUUAACAACUACCUUCAGAGUUGGAAAAAGACUCUUCUUAUUGUGUCCCACGACCAGGGUUUCUUAGAUGACGUCUGUACAGACAUUAUUCACCUUGACAACCAGAAACUCUACUACUACAGGGGCAACUACUUGGCAUUUAAGAAGAUGUACAUACAGAAACAGAAGGAGCUGCUCAAACAGUAUGAAAAACAGGAGAAGAAACUCAGAGACCUGAAGGCUGGAGGGAAGUCCACCAAACAAGCAGAGAAACAGACGAAAGAGGCUUUGACGAGGAAGCAGCAGAAGGGAAAGAAGAAGGGACAAGAGGAGGAGAGUCACGAGGCCAUGGAGCUCCUGAAGAGGCCUAAAGAGUACACCGUUAAAUUCACCUUCCCCAACCCACCUCCUCUCUCUCCCCCCAUCCUCGGCCUGCACAGUGUGGAUUUUUGCUACGAGGGCCAGAAACCGUUGUUUAAGAACGUGGACUUUGGAAUUGACAUGGAGUCUAGAAUUUGUAUCGUUGGGCCAAAUGGUGUUGGGAAAAGUACUCUGUUGCUCAUGCUGACAGGGAAACUAACCCCUACGAAAGGAGAAAUGAGAAAGAAUCAUCGGUUGAAAGUUGGAUUCUUCAACCAGCAGUACGCUGACCAGCUGAACAUGGAUGAAUCUGCCACGGAGUACCUCCAGAGGAACUUCAAUCUGCCUUAUCAGGACAGCAGGAAGUGUCUGGGUCGCUUCGGUCUGGAGAGCCAUGCUCACACAAUCCAGAUCUCCAAGCUGUCAGGUGGUCAGAAGGCAAGGGUGGUGUUUGCUGAACUUGCCUGUCGACAACCAGAUGUCCUGAUUCUGGAUGAGCCUACAAACAACCUGGACAUUGAGUCUAUUGAUGCCUUAUCAGAGGCAAUCAAUGAGUAUAAAGGAGCUGUGAUUAUUGUAAGCCACGAUGCCCGACUGAUAACAGAGACUCAGUGCCAGCUGUGGGUUGUGGAGGAUCACACGAUUAACCAGAUUGAUGGAGAUUUUGAGGACUACAAACGAGAGGUGCUUGAGGCCCUGGGAGAAACUCUGGUUCACAAAGCCAAAGAGUGACCACAGAACUCUAUUCAAAGUAUUAAGCCCAAGCACAGGCUGUGUCACCACCAGCCCAGUGCUGGUGUACUGCAGUAGAUCUUUAGUUUUGAGUCCUCCUCUUAUUGCAUUGCAACACACUAUAUUAUGUGUUAAGAUAAUAUUGGGAGGAUUCAGAGGUAGUCUUGUGUUGCUUGCUUUGGUCCAGGUACACUUUAGUAUUCUCUAACUUCUCUCAGGAAGAUGUUGAGAACCAGACUAUGUAAUACAGUUUGAGCUGAAAGGUGUAUCAAUCAGGUGCUUGAAUUUGUGGUUGGAGAUGAACACUGACAGUUAUUGAUGCUCUACUGGACCAACUCAGGCCACUCUGUAAAACAUUUGGCAAUGUUGUGUAAAUAGAUGGGCAACCUGCAGUACAUCAGUGUUGGUCUGGCUUGUUUGCAGAAGUAAAAAAAAAAAAAAAAAUACAAUGCUCUACAGACCAGCGACUAAUUUCUUAAUUGUGGGAUAAGGUAUACAACAGAAAAAUGCUAUGAAAAU